ACUACACAAUCUAAGAGCUUCACCUGAGAAACCUCAUCGCAAACAUGGUGCUGGUACGUCAAUGGCCAAGCAACGAUCAUCAGAACACUGUCUCACAUACGAGCAGGGAAGCAUCAUCUUAGGCGUGACUGCCAUCGUCUUUCCGCCACUUGCGGUUCUCUUCCGCGCAGGCUGUGGCGUACACUUCAUCCUUAACAUCGGUCUGCUGUUUCUUGGCUGGAUCCCGGCGAUACUGCACGCUUGGUGGUGUCUCCUGGAGUAUCCGAGUACACGCGAGCGCCGUCGUCGCCGCAGGCGCGAAAAAGAGCACUACGCUGCCGAAAGCCGUCCCUAUGAACGAAGGCGAAGCAGGAGCGCGAAUAGUCGCCCUAGCUCAAGUAGCAAGCACAGGAGCCACAGCUCUGGUCAUCAGUCGUCAGCGCCCGCGUAUCGAGACAGCUAUGCUGGAAGGUAUGUGUCCGCAGAUCCGUACUACAGGCAGGAGAUGGCAUACUCGCGGAGGAGGUAGCGGACUGUCAUCGAUAAUUGUGGCGGUUGUUCUCAAUUGACAGAGUUAUUCUCUUGGCGCAGGGAUGGUGAGCUCCUUGGCUAGCAGAUUUUUAUUGAUUCCAAGCAUAAACCGCCGUUACGGUUGUUCGAGUUGAGCAUCCAUCCAUCGGAGUCUCCGUGCAAGCUGAUUGUUGAUGGAAGGUUGCUCGUUAAUUUGCAUCACCGCUCGUCCGGGUGGACAUUGGGGUGCAGUCUUUCCAUGUGUCCAUGAGGUAUCUUCCGU